AUGCUAUCCAUUUCUCAUACCUAAAAAUCCUUGUAAGUGCAUUCGCAAAAGCAUUUACAUAGAAAAAACUUGUAUUCCAGAAACUUAACACUUGACAAUGUUGAUGCAAAUAAAUUGAGAGUCAAAUAUGUUAUGCAUGAUAAGGAAAGUUUAUAAGAAGAAAUUUAGAAUUUGAAAUAAGAGAACAACCAGUUGAAAUUAACAUUGAAAUAGUUCUAAUCAUAAAUUUAAUAUUUUAAGAGAGAAUUGCAAUCGAUCUCGAAAGAUGAAGACUCACCUCCAAAAAGUUUUUCAAAGUUAAAACAAGGCUACUUGGAAAAAAUCACUCGACUUGAAGUAUGAUAAAACUAUCUCAUUUUAGGAUGACAAUAUUAGAUUAUAAUAAUAGUUAGAGGAAUAGCAAUAAUAUAUUUAAUAACUAUAAAAUCCCUUUAAUAAAAGCAAUGUUGAAAAUCUAUGCAUGACUCUAAGUGAGGAUAAUAUGAAGCUAAAUCAAUUGAUUUAAUAGCAUUAAUAAUCAGCAGAUCAAGCCUAAGUAUAAAAAUAAAUUAAAUUUAGGUUUAAUACAAUAAAAUGAAUGUCAAAUAUAAUGCAAUAUUAAAUAAGUAUAGAUAAUUGAAAAACCUUAAUGCAUAAUUACUUUUGGAGAUAGCAGAAUUAAAAAAAAAGGAUACUUUAUAUCUCGAAAGACCGUAAUAAAAGGAUAAUAAAAAAGUAGAAGAACAAUUGCAGUUGGAUUUUGACCAAGCUCUUGUUGAUCUAAGAAAUGAAAGAUAGAAAAACAAAUACUUAGAAAAUAUGAUGUAGAAGAUUCAAGCUGAAAAUCAAGAAUAAAUUGAAAAUCUCGAAAAGAAAUUAUCAGACCAAAAGAGACAAAAUGAUGCCCUGUAAAAAGAAUAUGACUUAGAGAAAUCAUAAAAGUAUUAAUCUAAAAGAACUAUACUCAUAAAAAAUAAUGGACCCUAAUAGCCAGAAGAAUAAGUUUAGUAACAAGAGGAAAAUGAAUUGCAGAAGAAGAAAAUUAUCAAUGUUGACAAAAAUGACAUCAUAACUAUAGCUAGAUAAGUAAAAUUGAAUCUUAUUGGAUUAAAAAUCUCCUUAUAAUAAGUUGAACAAUACCUCUUAACUCAUGAAAUUUUAACCUAACAUGAACUCAAAUAAAAUUUAUCGAAUAGAAUCUUUGGUCUCUAAUCACUUGAAUAAAUUGAAAUGGCGGCCAUCUAUUUAGCUGAUGUUGAUAAUGAAACUGAAACUACUACUAGUGCUAGAGUAAGAAGUAUUUUUAAAACACUCAUGGAAAACUACUAAAUAUUAACACAAUAACAAUUAAAUAACAUAAAUUAGUAAAUUAUGAAAAAGAAAAAUGAAAUUUCAGAUAUAUUAAUAAAGAAAUAUCCAGAAACAUAUACAAAUGGGUAUAUUAAUAUUGAUGUAAAAUUAUUAGAAUAUUUUAGAUUUAUUUAGAUGUCUUGUAAUAAGUUGAAAUUGCGUUAAGUAAGCUAGAAAUUGAUCAUUUUUAUGCUCUCAUUUCUAAAUAAAAUCGACAACAAAGGAUCCUUCUCUAAUAAAUUUAUUCUCCUUUUGAUGUCAAUUAGAAUGAAGAAGAAAAUUCAGAGGAGCAACAUCAAAUAAAUUUCAAUAAUGUUGGACCAACCAGUCAAAUUAAUGAAGUCCACGAUAAACCAUAAUAAGAAAUAGUCAAUUUUAUAAAGGAUAAUGAUCAAACAGAGAGUAUAAAUAAUCAAAAAAAAAAUGAAUUGAAAAAUAGAGAGACAGAAGGAAUAGAAUAGCAAGAAUUCUAAGAUGGUGAAUAACAAUAACUAGAAUAGGAAAAGGACACAUUGUAGGAUAUCCAAAAUCGCGAUCUAGAUUUGAAAAUGACUGAUUCGUAAGAAAUUAAGAAAAAAAAAUUAACCUGA